GAGAGGAGGAUGCCUCGCCCGGCGGCCGCAGCGGCCCGUGACUCGUAGGGCGGCGGGCCUCGCACCAGAGCGAACUGGACUUUGUCUGCGGGCCUUGCGUUGCCCUCCGCGGUUUCCAGUGGGAUCCCCGAGGAGCCGCGGUCUUCGCUGCUCGCCAGCCUUCUUCACCAUGUCCAAGAUGCCGGCCAAGAAGAAGAGCUGCUUCCAAAUCACCAGUGUCACCACUGCCCAGGUGGCCACCAGCAUCACAGAGGACACCGAGAGCCUGGACGACCCGGACGAGUCACGCACCGAGGACGUUUCCUCCGAGAUAUUCGACGUUUCCCGAGCCACGGAUUACGGCCCUGAGGAGGUCUGCGAGCGCAGCUCCUCUGAAGAGACGCUCAACAAUGUUGGGGACACGGAGACUCCUGGGACUGUCUCCCCGAACCUCCUCCUGGACGGGCAACUGGCGGCCGCGGCCGCUGCGCCUGCCAACGGAGGAGGAGCAGUUUCAGCCCGGAGCGUGGCCGGGGCACUCGCCAGUUCCCUGGCGGCGGCCGCCACCUCGGCCCCCACCUCGGGAGCACCCGGCGGCCCCCCAGUGGCGGGCUCCUCCAGCGGACCAGGGACAGCCCCUCCAGCGCAGCCCCCCACCACUUGUAGUUCUCGUUUCCGUGUGAUCAAGCUGGACCACGGCAGCGGGGAACCCUUCCGCCGCGGCCGAUGGACGUGCAUGGAGUACUACGAGCGGGACUCGGAUAGCAGCGUCCUGACCCGCUCCGGGGACUGCAUUCGGCAUAGCAAUACCUUCGAUCAGACUGCUGAGCGGGACAGCGGCCUGGGCGCCACCGGAGGGUCGGUGGUGGUGGUAGUGGCCUCCAUGCAGGGGGCGCACGGGCCCGACUCGGGAACUGACAGCUCCUCCACCGCUGUGUCACAGCCACCCCCGUUGGAGAAGAUGAGCCAGCCCGCUCCAGCCACGCCGCAGAGUUUCAGCGUUGGGCAGCCGCAGCCGCCGCCGCCCGUAGGUGGGGCUGUGGCUCCAAGCUCCGCUCCGCUGCCGCCGUUCGCUGGAGCCUCUGCCGGGCCGCAGCCCAUGAUGGCAGCCGCACCGCCGAGCCAGCUCCAGGGGGCUGGGCCGGGCGGCGCCCCUCCGGGGCCCGGGGGACAGGUCCUGCCGCCAACGAAUGUAGCCUUGGCGCAGCCGGCUGUGCCCCUGCCUCCGCAGCCUGGCGCGGCCGGCGGCGCUUCUGCCGCGCAGCACCCGCAGCACUUCUCGUACCCCCAGCCUCAGAUGCCGCCUGGGCACUUGCUGCCGGCCCAGCCCUCCGGCCAGAGUGAGUACUUGCAGCAGCACGUGACCGGCCUGCAGCCGCCGAGCCCCGCGCAGCCCUCGUCUACUAGCGCCGGAGCGACCCCUUCCGCCGCGGCCAGCUUUCCCCUGGGCGCCGGCCAGAACGCCGCCUCGGCAGCCGCGCAGCUAGUAACUGCGUCUCCUCAGCCCAGUGAAGCUGUGGCUCCGGGGCCGGGACCUGCGCAGGGCGGGCAGGCGGCGCCUUGUCAGCCAGCUGGUGUGCCCCCGGCUGCUGUGGGAGGCGUGGUGCAGCAGGGCAUGGGUCCUGCGGGGCCCGGGCAGCCCCCGUCGGUGCCUCCGCCGCAGAUCGGUGGCAGUGGUCAGCUGUCAGCCGUGUCUGGUGGCCCUCACACCGUGGUGCCCGGAGUUCCAAACGUGCCUGCAGCGUUGCCCGCUCCAAGCGUGCCUAGUGUGUCGUCUACCACUUCUGUUACUACGCCAAAUGUACCCGCGCCUCUGGCCCAGACGCAGCAGCUGAGCAGCCAUACGCCAGUCAGCAGGAGCAGCAGCCUCCUUCAGCAUGUUGGGCUGCCCUUAGCCCAAGGCACUCACAGCGCACCAACAAGUCUACCACAGUCUGACCUAAGCCAGUUUCAAACUCAGACCCAGCCUUUAGUCGGGCAAGUUGACGAUACUAGAAGAAAAUCAGAACCCCUACCUCAACCACCACUUUCUCUCAUUGCUGAAAAUAAGCCUGUUGUGAAGCCUCCUGUUGCAGAUGCCCUGGCCAACCCCCUCCAGUUAACACCUAUGAACAACCUCGCCACCUCUGUGUUCAGCAUAGCUAUUCCUGUUGAUGGUGAUGAAGACAGGAAUCCUUCAACUGCUUUCUACCAAGCGUUCCAUUUGAACACGUUUCAGGAAUCAAAGAGCCUCUGGGAUAGUGCAUCUGGGGGAGGUGUUGUAGCCAUUGACAACAAAAUAGAACAAGCAAUGGAUCUGGUGAAAAGCCAUUUGAUGUAUGCAGUAAGAGAAGAAGUGGAAGUUCUAAAGGAACAAAUAAAAGAAUUAGUUGAAAGAAACUCUUUACUUGAACGAGAAAAUGCACUGUUAAAAUCUCUUUCAAACAAUGAUCAGUUAUCCCAGCUCCCAGCCCAACAGGCCAAUCCUGGUAGCAGUUCUCAGCAGCAAGCAGUGCUAGCACAGCCUCCACCGCCUGCGCAGCCUCCGCAGCAGCCGAAUGUCUCCUCAGCAUAAGCUUUCUUAAGCCUCACUAAGGAAAACACUGACAGCAAUCCAUCUGUGUGCCACUGCUGUUCUUCCCACUUUAUACGAAAGCAAGUAGCCAUGCUUUGGUUGUGUGUUUGGCCUUUUCAGUAUUAGACAAUCAUUCUACAAGAGCUUUUCCUCUCUAAGAUGUCAUGCAGCGCUGUCGAUGUCCAGUUCUAUGUCAUCAGUACACACGGAGAAAAAUAGAUGGGGUUUUCUAAAGCAAGCAGAAGUCUGCAUUUCACCUGGUGCGCAUGAGUAGGGUCUUUAAGAGUUUUGGUGGCUCUCCAUGUUUCCUGUUACCAUGGAUUUACCUUGAGCCUUCUUACCACAUCAUAAGUAACAGUUCAUCUAAAGAGCCACUUUUCUUUCAACAUCAGUAACAUUUGCCUACAUAAGUUUUCAUUUAUUUGUGUUUUAUUUAUUACAGGGCUGCUAUUUUCAUAAUGUACAUGAACAAUGUCACAGAACUUUUUUAAUUUUUUUGAAUAAUUAUAAAUAUCAGUAAAGGAAUUGAAAGACAGGAUUGCAUUUAAUAGAUAAAACGUUUAGGCAAUAAUUGAACAAAAGAAUCCUGGCAUAUUUCUAACACUAAUGGCAAUUUAGCUUUGGUAUUUAUUUUCAGUAGUAAAGACCCAGCUUGAAUGUAAAUUUUGUAUAGUGUAAGUAUGAAGAACGUAGUGCAGCUGUACAGGUAGUCACCAGUUAUUGUGAUAUAAUAAAUAAUUGGGCUAUUUUGAUGAAGAAAACUUUGUUCAUUUGUUUCUACUUUCUAAUAGAGAAAUUGCCACGAUUCCUCUGCUUUCUGACAUUUCGUAUGACUUUUCUUUUGGUUGGGAAUAAAAAGCUGUGAAAUUGUUCAACCUACUUUGUAACCAAAGAAGCAAAGCUGUGUAAUGGAGUUUUGUUUUUUGUUUUGUUUUUUUUUGUUUUGUUUUGUUUUUAUAUAUAUAAUGCACAUUCUUUAUGUAUUUUUAUUUAGUGUUUUCUCGGUCACAAUUUUCUUUGCUGUCUAGCAUGAUCUGCAUGACCUAUAAUCUUUGAACCACUUUCGUACCUCAUGUUUUUAUCCAGCACUCUUAUUGUAAUAUGUACUAGUCUGUGAACAAUGUCAAAUAAAAAAAAGAACGAACAGGUGGUUUGGUGGAGCUGAGCUAGUGUGCAAAACGCUAGUUGUACAAAAACAAAAAUGAAGUGAGCCAUCUUUUGUUCAUUUAAAAUGGUGUUUUGAAUUUCGUAUGCAGAAAACGUUUUGUUACAUUGCAGAUUUUAAUGUAUUUAAUAAAUGCAACAUGCAGAUUAAGUGCAGUGUAUACUGAGUAUUUAAAUUAAAAUGUACAUUUCAUAAAUACAGUUUCAAGAGAAAGCAUCAUUUUGUGUAUACUAACACAUUAAGUGUAUGUCAGAAAUUGAUGUAUAAAUAUAUAUUUUAACACAUUUUCUGAAAUUAAACUGCAGUUUUGUUGAAAUAUGUGGCUCUAUAUGUGUUCAAAAUUUGACUAGAUUUGUAUUUUCACAGUUCAGAGUAUUCCUUAAAUGUGAAAACCUGUGUUGUUAAUGAUUUAAUGAUAGUUCUUAAAUUUUCAAAGUAAAUAAUUUGAAGAUUGCUAGAAUGGUGAGCAAUAUUUGUACUCAAUAAUCAUAUUACAUUAAGUAGGAAAUCCUUGUCUACCAAAACUUUUACUUGAAUUCAGAAAGGUGCCUGUAGAAAUUUACAUGCUCUAUCUAUAGCCAGUGAACUAAUCAGGAAUUAAUGAGAAAUGGUAGUUACCUCUCCAUGUUAAAGAGGAUAAGUGUUCUUUAUUUGAAAUAAAAGCUUAAUCAGAUUAUCCACAAACAAAAGGCAUAAAAUUGAGAUGUACAUGGGAUUACCAAAUAUUUUAUAUUCUAGUUGCUGCAGGAUGUAUUUUCAGCGAACACAUUUUUAAUGUUAGUUCCUUCAAAUAUUUCUAGUUAUUAUCUAUAUAGGCUUGAUAGUCACCCUAAGAACGUGAAGUAGAGCCACAGUGGGUAAGAUAGAAUGUGAAGUGGGAGUGUUAACUAAAAGAUGUGCUGCGUGCACCCUUCAGUGCUAACAGUGAGUGCUUCACUCAAAGAAAAACAUGCAAGAAAAGCUUGGGAGAGCUGGGAAUGUUGUCAGUGGGAGAGCACUUGCCUGGCACGUGUAGGGCCCUGCAGUUGUUGACCCCAAUACUGGGAAGAAAAAAAAAAAGUUGCAAUUUUUGUGAAAGUAAGAGAUAAAUUUUUGGUUCUGGGGACAGAAAUAUUUUAUAAAGGAUAGUAGCUGUGAUCAAGAAAAUUAAUAUGUUAAAGUUUAAAAUGGUAACAGCAGUCACUACUAAUGUUAAAAAGGAGAGGAAAGCAUUCACAGGAGAAAUAAAGUGGUUUCUGAAGUUUCAACCUCUAGUAACCUAAGAAAUACAAGUUAAUAUUUUUAACCAGUUGUUGUGUCUUUUAAAUAACAGGGCUUAAUGUAGUAAGUCAGGCUUUUCUGUGUACUUGAGAAAGAAAUUUGACAAUAUGUAUCAAGAGCCUUAAAUAAUAAUAGUCUUUUCAGUUCAGUGAUGUAAGAACUCUUGGUGCAAUGUCAGAUAUACAAAAUUAUUGUGCCUGCCCUCUGCUUACUUUCUCCUUCCAUCAGAACUCAAAAUUCUCCCUUUAGCCCAGCACCUCCCACCCCCACUAAAAAAAAAAAGAAAGCUGCAAAGAGAAGUCCCUACAUCCACACCUCGCAUUCGGGGAUAAAGUGGAAAAGCUAUUAGACUUGUAUUUGGAAGUGCUGAGCAUUCCCCCAAUGGGUUAGUUUGUUUAGGAUCUUGAGUAACUUUCAGUUUUACCUUGAAGCUUUGGGUCUUGCUCCAAAUAGAAUAUUAACUGGUUGAAAUUCAAUUUGGGGGCAGUCUUAUAGGUAUGUUGUGUAUCUCUAAUUUCUCAAUGUAGUGUCUACAGACUUGGGUGCUACAUAAGUGUUCUGUUGGUUUAUUUAGGCAACCAGGAAUUCAUAAAGUAGAAAUUUUUGUAAUACAGUUGUAUCUAUAUAAUUCAAAUAUGAUCUUCCCCAAAGAAAAUUCAUCUUAUAUAAUUCCAAUGUGAUGUUGGAACUUGCAACAUCUCAAAAGACAACACACCAAAAAAAAAAAAUUAUUUUAACUCAAAUUAUAAUUAAGUUAUAAAUGAAGCUAUAUAGCCCAGUGGUUGAUAUGAUUGAAUUCUCUUCAAUAAUACUGUUAAAAAGACAAAGCUUAGUCUUCAAGAUUUACAGUUUAAGGUUACAGACAACAGAUACAACAGAUACAAAGCACCAGUUGGGGGGGAAAAACCUUACUUGGUACUUGUACAAAAGAUGGCUUUGUCAGAGUAGGUUUCCUAAGAGGUGACAUCUGAGUUUUAGGUUACAAGAGCCAAGUGGAAAGGCAUUCCAAGCACAAGAAAACAGUGCUCAGAGGUUUAAAGCAGAAAACAUGAAUAAGAGUCUUAAGUGAGCCCCAGAAUUUCCUGGGAAACAGUGGCAGUGAUGACCCCACUAGCCCUGGUGGUCUUGGCACCUAUUCGAAAGCAAGAAUGAUUUAUUGAAUGGUUCUAAGCAGUAUGAUAUGUGCUCAGAUACAGUGGCAGAUGGGAAGUCGAUUUCGGGCUGAAACUGGAAGCUAAGAAAUAAUUUUGGAGGGACAAUAGGAAUUCAGAGAAGAAAUGAUGAAAAGGCAAAGUUGCACAGGCAGUUCCUGUGAAGCUGGUGGAGGAAGUGUGUGUUGGGACUUUCUGUGUCGUUUUUCAAUGGAUGUUCCAUUCCCAACAUCAGAUGUCUUGUUUCCUUGCCCUUUCAAGGAAAAUCAAAGAGCCCCAACUCAUACUUGAAAGUUUGAGUCCGUCUUUUAUGUCCAACAGCCAUAUAUUUCAUAUAUCUCUAUGAAAUCAAAGUCUUUGUUUCCUGUUAAAAGAAAUUUCAAGAAUCUAAUAAAAGAGUGGGGGACAUGUAGGAACCUUGAUGAUCACUUUCUGCCUCUGUCAGUUCAGCCCUAAAGGUUAAUAAAAUUUAAUCCUUUUAUGGUGACUAGGAUUAGCAUAAUUCCAAAGCCUUUCCCUAAAGAGAUGUUUCUUGCUCUCUGAAAGGAUGAAUGGCUUCUGGAUCCUGAUAACACUAGUCAGACUAGAUUUUGCCAAGUUUUAGCCUUUUGUCCUUUGAGGGAGAUCAAUCCAGCAGACUUCUAGAUCAGUCCCCAGUUCAGGCAGCAGCCCCCUGCCACUGCCCUUCUCCAGCCUCCUAGUAAUCCAUGUUUUUAUUUUCUAGCAAUACUACUCAUUUAUUAUUCUGUGAGGUACAGUUGCACCAGUUUAUCUUUUUUUGACAUUCCAGAAUAUAUCCUUGUCUCAUUAAUUCUGUACCAGGUCACAGAAAUCCAUACGGAGAUCUGCUCUUCAAAUACAUAUAUUCUCUUUGUAGGUGGAAGGAUCACCUAUAUAAGUGCUAUGGUUACUAUUUCCUGAGUGGGGUACAAUUAGUAUGGCAUGCUAUGUGAGGCACUGUAUAAAGCAAGUUUAAGUUCACAGACAUCUGCACUCCCCCUCCACCCCCACCCC